GUUGUCCUGUUUUGUUAUUUAGGUUAUGCAUUCAUCGCCAUAAAUACGUCAAGCGAUCACAGCAUAUGAAAUGCACAAAGAAAUGGAAUGCUCAUCACUAUAUUGUUAUUAAACCACAAAACUGUUGAAUUAUUGUCAUCUCGAUCUACAUUUUGUGUGACGCGAGACACGGUCUCAUAUCAUUCCUACCAUCUCCCGUUUCCGCCUCUUGAUAUUGACUUGCAUGCUGUUGCGCGCUCUCUCGGUCUCUCUCUCUGGUUGUCUAUCUCUCUCGCUCUCUCUCUCUGGUUGUCUAUCUCUCUCUCUUUCUCUCGCUGUCUCUCUCUCUCUCUGGUUGUCCUUGUGAUAAGGAGAUAAAGAAGCCGAACAACACUGAAGCCAAGAGACAGAGGGGUGAGAUAGAAACGGUUGGAGCAAGUAGCUGUACUCAUUAUAGCCUAAUUGAUAAAUGAAGUGGAACAUAGCCUAUGUAUUGACUAAUAGCCUAGCAAAGCCAUAAGAUGCGUCUUUCGUGAUAUCUUCACGGAUCUUUUGAUCUGCACAUUUUUUUUAAACUCAGACUGCGCUUUUUCGGUGUUGUUGAACUAGAUAGACAAAUCCUCCGUUUUUUUUCUCAUAAUUAUUGAUUUCUGACGCCGCCAACCUGAAGUUCAUCGUUAUCAUCUUGGCCGCCGGGAUGGUGGCCUUCGUUGGAGCAGUCAUCUGCAUCAUCGCCGCGGUCCAUACCGGCUCCGCUGCCGAAUCUCCCCAGCAGCCUGUGGCAGACAACCAGUCUCACUCUCCGGACGCUGGAGUGCAGCAGACUUUCACCGGGGGCUCCGUGGCGCGAGCGGGUCCACUGGGCGCUCUCCAUGGUUCUGAAACGCAGGACGGAGAAGCGCCCACUUUCUUCCACGUCCCCAGCGGCUCAGACGACAUUGGUGGAACUAGGCAGGUUAGCAGACUUAUCUGCACCCCAGUCCCCGCCGGAGAAUGCAACCCCAAAAACUUUCAGCAACAAGCCGAAGACCCGUCGCUGUUCGCCGGUGAGGACUGGGGAUACCUCCGCACCACGGCAGAGGAGCUCAAACAGACAGUUCUCCAGCAGAAGGACCAGAUUAUCACCGACCAGCGGACCAUUAGGGAUCUGUCAGGCAAGCUUUCGGAGUGUGAGAGCGGAAUAGAGGGGCGUAGAGGCCCGGAGAGUAGCGCGGGGCUCUGGGGAGGUAAGAGGGUAGAUGAGGGCCGGCUCAUGGUCCGGGACAGUGCUCCGUCGUCGUCUGUGGCACAGCUGCUCAUCGCUCAGGCUGUAGGCGAGCUGGAACAGGCUAUCGUUCAGAUGAAAGACCGCAUAGAGAAACUGGAGUCAGAUAUCGGACCGCUGGCGUUCCCUCACAACCACACGGAUGCAGCAACUGCGGUGACUUCAAGAGGGGCAGGUGGUGGUGGGCUCUCUGAGGCCUCUGAUGGUUGGGGUGAGGCAGGGCUAGUGGGGCAGGCCGGGGCAGGGGAUGGACCAGAGCAGUGGCCACGGAUGGAGGAUCUGGAGGGGGAGCUUGAGAGGAAGCUGGAACUCCUGGAGAAGGAGAGGAAGGCCCUGCGAAAGGAAUCCCAAAGACACAGGCAGGAGAUUGACCAGGGGAUCAACUCCCUACACCACCGCAUUGCUGGCCUGGAGGAGGGACUCUCCGAGUACACCUACCCCGAGGGCUACAAGCUGUCCUUCCCAACGCGUACCAACUAUAUGUACGCGGUGGUACAGCACCCCAUCCCUGAGCUGCGUGCCUUCACCGUGUGCCUCUGGCUGAAACCUGCCGAGGGGGGCAUCGGCACCCCUUUCUCCUACGCUGUGGCGGAGCAGCCCAACGAGCUAGUUCUGCUGCAGGGCGUGCACACCCCUGUGGAGCUGCUCAUUAACGACAAGGCGGCGGAAUUACCUCUGAACCUGUCCCGGGGCAGCUGGCACCACAUCUGUGUAAGCUGGAGCCAGAGAGGCGGGGCGUGGCAGGCCUACCAGGGGGGCAAGCUGAGAGGAGAGGGGCAGGGCCUGGCAGCCUGGCACCACAUCAGGCCUGGGGGAGUCCUCAUCCUGGGGCAGGAACAGGACACUCUGGGCGGACGUUUCGACUCGUCCCAGGCCCUGGUGGGGGAGCUAUCCCAGUGGAAUGUAUGGGAGCGGGUCCUGACCCCCAGCGAGGUGUCCAGCCUGGCCCACUGCAGCCAGCACGGCCCCCAGCCAAAGGGUAAUGUGGCCCCCUGGACCAACCGGGAAGUAGAGGUGUUCGGAGGAGCCAUCAAGGUUCCCCGGGAGCCCUGCGCUGCUAAACGCAUCAACAGCCCACUGUGAGGAGAAGGGAGCCAGGGACCUUAUUCACGAAGCGUCUCAGAGCAGGACUAGUGAUCGGGGAAAAAUCAAUACAGUUACAUAUCGCAAUACUAUUUUGGACGAUAUUAUAGCGCUACUUUUUGUUAUUGUUGCUAGGUAGCGUUAGCUUGCGCUAGUCAGCUAUGCCUGCGCCAAAAAUCCAUUUUUUUUGUUGCUCUCCAUCUUCCUUUUAAAUAGUGAGGCAACAUGUUUUCAAUGCUUUUAUUUCCAUGCCUGAUCUAAACUAAUUUUCUCACGCUCUCUUGUCUUUCUGCAGCAGACAUAAAGAGAGCAGUAUCUUUGGAACAUCAAAUUGCAAUAAAAUCGCAGUAUCGAAUCGAAAUACAUAUAGAAUUGUGAGAAUCACAAUACAUAUCGUAUUGUCACCUAAGUAUCGUGGUAAUAGUCGUGAGAUCCCUGGCAAUUCCCAGCCAUAAGUAGGACUGUACAUGUCAUAUUAUACAUGUAAUCUUAUUUAUUAUGAUCUAAUAGGCAAAGUUGAUCUUUCAUCAGCAUUUCUACUUUGAGACUGAGAGCCCUGAGCUGUGUUCAGUAGGGCAAAACAUUGUGGAGGUAACAUAUUUCUAUCGGAACGACUUGUUAAGUAGAACAGCAGGAAUGCCUAACUGACAUGUAGAUUAAGGAAUCAUGUGAGCUCUAUUCAUCACAUUUCUAUCUGCAACGUUCAGUAUAUUGUACAUUGUGGAUUUGUGAAGUAAAUUGACGGGUGGAGCUCGGGUGAAAGGGAGUAAGGGCAUAGGGGAUUGAAGCACAUUAUUAGAAGUGGGAGUAACACUGGUUUCGUAACUACUCAUAAAGACUAUUUAUCCCUCAAGGGGGAAAUGUUGUUUUUCUUUGCAUGUUUUAUUUAUCUAUGUUUUACAUCUAUUGUUGGUGAAGUUUAUUCAGAGCUACAGGACGGAGAGUGGGUAGGCUAGGCAUACGUACUUCUACAUUUGAACUGCUGCUUUGGACUCGGUCUGUGGCCAGGCACUAGGCCAUGGGAGCCCAUUUUGUUUUCUCAACAGGAGCUAAAAUUUGGCUAUCUAUAGCUUUCUCUAUCCUCUGACUUGUGUCUAACUGAAGGGGAUAACUCAAGUGUACAUUAUGAUUUUAUACAACAUUUUAUAUGCAGACAUUAAGAACACACAAUCGUGUCUGUAUCGCAUUGAUUUGUGAAGUACUUUUUUUGUAUCAACUUGUUUCAAAAACAGCAUUCUUACUGUCUCUCUUUUCAUAUUCCUUCCCGUUAACAUUUGUAUAAAUAGUCUGUAUCCUAGUAAUACAGUAUGGCUAAUCAUUCUCUGUGACUAAUAAGAACUACAGAUAUAGAGAUAUCACCUCAUUUAAAUUCAAUAACUGUAUCCAGUAAUGUGAACGUGUGGCUUGAAUUGAUCCAGAAAAUAUGUCUUCGACUUAGCCAGUGGUAUUACUCAAGCCUAUUGGUUAACUUUGUUGCACAAUAUGGUAUAGCACGAGGUUUGAUACUUUCUAGACCACCAGAAUAGGUUUUGGUACCAAGUUGUACUGAAAUGUAUAAACGGUGUUAUUUAUAUAAUGCUUUUAUAUUCAAUGUAAAAAGUUACAGAAAUAACAACGGGUUUAAAUGCGUCGUUAUACUGCAAUACAUGUAUUCAUUUGAGGAAUCAAUGCACACACAUAAUUCAAUGUAUAUGAAAUCCCCCUUGAUCUUCUACACCUUGCGACGUGCGGUGAGGUCUGAGGCCGGGCAGGCACAUUCUACUGAGCCUCAUAAAGGCUCAUAAAGCUGUGUUUAUCGGUAUGACACGAUCACAACGAUAACCAUCAAACAACCACAACCAACCAUCAAACAGCAGCAGAUAGGCGGCGCAACCAUUAGACACGCUUUCAGAGGCUGUAAUCGCUUGUGCCCCACGCAACUGCCCUGCACGAACAGGCGACUUUCAGCACCACAGACAGCGACCCAAGUGCUAGCGAGUAGGUCUCCUUGUAGACAGCGCUACACACACAAAAUGCCUAGUAGUCAGCACUACUGACUGAGAUGUAUACUUGCACUUCUCUGGUCUAUGUGAUAGACAUGUGAUGUCAUUAGACAUGUAAUGUCAUAACAGUAGACAGUGCUACUGUACAUUCGUCAGCUGAGGAGCUGUCCAGGUGAUUUGUCUGGUACCAUUUGUGAACUGUGCAAUUCGACAAGAUCAGCCUUAAGUCUAACAAAAGUACUUGGCAUAUUUAGACAGGCUCUUGUUUGCUGGUGUUACAUUUUUGUGACAUUGUUUCACAUUUUUUGCAGUCCACUUAGCCAAGGAAAUUAAGUUCACCAAAGUGGUCAAACCUGUCUCUCAUCUGAACAUUGAUAUUGUCCAGUAUGUUGUUCCCCCUCUCUACUCUGAUCGGCUGUUUACUACGAGUUUCCCUUCGUGCCAGGCCAAGAUCAUUGCAUUUCUGCUCGAAUCACUCAUAGAAACGAUCAAAGUCGUGUCACUGCCGUCCCAGUGCUUUCGUUGUGUCACUGAUCUGGAUAUGGCAGACACCCAUAUCCAUCAAUUUGUUCUGCAGAACACAGGAGAGCAUCAAUAUCCUUGAAAAUUCCAUCAUAGGUCAGGAGCAAAAAGGAAACACGGUGGCGGUCUCUAGAUGGGUUGCUAACUGUUGUGGUGGAAUUAUUGUAAUCAAAAGGAGAGACUUUUAAGAUUCCUUCAAAACAUUCAAACUUUAUUAUUUAAUUACUGCAGUAGUGGAGCUGGUCGGUAAUCACCCCUGGAGGUGAUCACUGAGAACUCAGCGAGCUUGUUUCAGCCACAGAAUUUUAUAGCAAAAUCCAUUCUCCGUCAGUCUGCAUGACACACAACAGAUGUAUGGAAGGGGUCACAAGGUUAAGAUUUUCUACGAAAGAUACUUAUAAUUCACAGCAGACAGUACCUGCUGUAAAAACAUGAGAACUCAUUGUGUAGAGACCAGUGUUUGGCCCCCCAACUCCGUACUGGAGCCAUGUCUCCCUGGUACCGUAUAGAACAGGAACAUGAACUCAUGCUCUGGAAAGCGGUAUCCCCAAAGACAUUCUUCCAGCCUUGGUAGAACACUCCGAUGAGCAUUCUAACAACCCCUUAUUAUGUUGUAUAAAACAAUCAUUUGAUGCAAUAACAGCAUUAUAACAUAAUCUUGUAAUUUCCACCAUACUGUAAAAAAAGAAAAUCAAUAAAGGAAUGUAAUAGCUCCACAUAGUGGCACCUAGGCCUGUUUGAUGUGCUGGCAGUGUCAUCGUUGCCGCAAAAUGCCAACUUCUGUUUACCUAGGUAGCAUGCUGUAACAUCAAUUAGCUGGGGCUUUCAAAAUCUCACGGUUCUCUUUUACCUUUGCAUUGUGCAUGCUGAUGUUCAAUCUCCGUUGUUCAUUCAACGCCAGAUCUAUCCGCCAGCUGCCAAAUGUCUUAAGAGCUAUCUGGCUUUGGACGUGAGACAGGUUUCUCAUAGACAAAUUGUUCAAGUCGCAGUAACCGACUCUUGUCCACAAACUGUCACUGGUGGAGAGCAGCAGGCAGGGGAAGCAGUAGAGUCGGCUGCUAGCAUUGCAGCCACAGAGCCAGUCGUUCUGUUGAUACCGCUCAGAUUGAAAUGAUCGUGUUAUUUUCUGUCCCUUCUUUAGAUGUAGGUCCCUAAACUCAGGUGUUGGUCUUCACACCGCUUCGCUAAAAAACUAUUUCAGAUGCAAUGUGUUAGCCAUCCUAAUCAGCUGACUUUAGCUAGAAGUAAAAUUAAUAUAACUAUCAAAAAGGCAGCAGAUAAUGUGUGUGACAUCCAUAGGCAGGAGCUCUGGCUAUCCUCUUGCAAAGCUCUCUACCUGCCUUUCGGCAUCCGUUAGCUGGCAGUAUAAGGUAGAAACACGAAUGUGUAAAUCAUGUCAAUGCCUUUCAUUGAGUUUGGAUUUUGAAGCGCUGGAGAAAGGUACACGGCGAGUUUGCCUUUCCCCUGGCCUCCUUGUGCAUUUUGUACCAGAUCACUGCACAUUUGGGAAGUAGUAGUACUAGUACUGACAUCUAUUUGAUCAUGCAGAAUUUUUUAAAUUAUUGAUAACAUUUAUAUUUAUUUAUUUUUCAUUCGUUUUUUUUUCAUUCAUUUUCACACUGCCUACCCUGCCUACCCUGACCGCACGUCACUGUCGCUGUCCCUGGUUCUGACUUAGUGGCAAGUGCCUGUCUGGGUAUCUUUACCCAUAUUAAAGUAAUGUCUAUUCAUUUCUCUGCUGAAGUUAUGAUUCCAACAUCAUUCUGCAGUCUGAUCAGUGUUUUGCCUGCCUCUGGUCUGUUCGGCUCAUGUCUGCACUUCUAUGGUCUCUGUGAUGUUGUGGCAAACUGUACAGCUUAGAAAAUUAACAAGCCAGAUAUUUUCUUUAUUAACCAAACAAUGUCUUAUGGCCGGUGUUUGGAAAAUUACUCUUUGUAUUACCUGUAUUUGUUAACAGGUUUUUACUUAAUGACUUCAUGUGUAGGUCGAUGUUUAGGCACAUUUGGCAUCUUUGUCUUUUUCCUCUCUUUUCCUGUCAGAGUUGGUAUACUCUAUGUGUGUUUAUGUCCUUGUCUUCACUGGUUUUGAAAUGCACAGCCCGAAAAGCUCAAAUGGCCAAAAAUAAAGUCUAUUUCGAAUGUGA